GAUUACUUGAAUUAUUUUUAAUUUGGACAAAAUUUAACUCAAAAUUCACUAAAGUCGUCACAGUUUCGUUCCAUCUUUGUGCCAAAAUGGACGUCUCGGUGCGACUUUUUACCGAUUUUGAAAAACUCGGAGAUCCCCGAGUCAAAAACUACACUUUAAUGCAGACGCCUCUCCAACCAAUCGUCAUAUCAACGUUGUAUAUGCUGUUCAUUUUAAAAAUCGGGCCUACUUUGAUGAAACAUCGCGAGCCCUUGAACUUGAAAUAUGUGAUGAUUGCGUACAAUAUCGUCCAAAUCGUGGCCAACUUGGUGGUUUUUGUGAUGUUUGCUAAAAUCGUCCCUAACCUGAAUUUUUUGUGCUCACCGGCUGAUAAUUCCACGCCCGCCAUGUUGGCGGCCCACCAUUGUUACACGCUUUUGAAGUUUCUUGAUCUUUUGGAUACGGUUUUUUUCGUUUUGAGGAAAAGAUGGCGCCAGGUGUCGUACUUGCACGUGCACCACCAUGUUGGCAUGCUGGCGUCAGCCUGGAUCUCGGGGAAGUACUUCCCGGGCGGGCACGCCCUCUACUUGGGUUUUUAUAACACUUUUGUCCAUACUAUAAUGUAUGGAUAUUAUCUCAUGACGGUGUGUUGUCCCGAGUAUGGGAAAAGUGUGUGGUGGAAGAAGCAUUUGACGCAAGUGCAGAUUGUGCAACACUAUGUGGUUUUUUUCACGUUUUUUGUACAGUUGGUAAACCAGGACUGUUCGUAUCCCAAAUUUUGGACGGCUGUGUUUUUGAGUACAAAUGUGUUGAUGAUUUUUCUUUUUACAAAGUUCUAUCGAGAUAAUUACGGGAAGGCAACAAGUGACAAAUUUUUAGAUGUACGCAUGAACCGAUUUUUGAUGAAAUCACCGCUUCAACUAAUCACAACUUUGGGACUUUAUCUCGCCACUGUUCUACUUAUCGGCCCGAGACUUAUGCGAAAUCGGAAACCCUUUUCACUAAAAGGCACAAUAGUUGCGUACAAUGUCAUACAAAUUUGUUGGAACCUUUACCUAUUUUUAGGGUUUGUAGGACUUUCCAAUAAUUUAAGCAUCGUUUGCACACCUUAUGAAAAAUCCAACCGACAAGAAGUGUUACAAAUGAUAGAAUUGCACUACCGGUACAUUCUUCUAAAACACUUCGAUUUAAUUGAAACUAUGUUUUUCGUUUUGAGGAAAAAAGAGCGCCAAGUGUCCUUCUUGCACGUUUACCAUCACGUUGGCAUCCUGCUGGCGGCCUGGGUUUCGGGCAAGUACUUCCCCGGAGGACAGGCCACCUUUGUGGGGCUUUACAACACUUUUGUGCACCUUGUUAUGUACUGUUACUAUUUGUUAAGUUCGUACAAAUCGAGUGAAACUCUGUGGUGGAAAAAAUACGUCACGCUGUUGCAAAUCGUGCAACACUGUCUCGUGUUUUUGUGCGUUUUUCCCUCCGUGGUGAACCCGAACUGUUCGUACCCGAAAUUUUGGAUGGGUCUGUUCUCGAUCAACGUCCUCUUCAUUAUUUAUCUGUUCGGAAAGUUUUACAAAAACACGUAUUUGGACAAAAAGAGGCAAUAGUGUGGUUGAGAGUCGUGUGUGUUUAUAUUUUUGUAAAUUGUACAAAUCUGGGUUAAUAAAUUAUUAUAUGGUUUCACACA